GCUAGAUACACACUAGCGAACGGGAUGUACCGUCGAAAAAUGAUCUAUACGGCAAGGUGGGUACACAUGGGUUUAACGCACAGUCAUUUCCAAACAAGCAGCAAGGGAGCGUGCCAGUCCCGAACGAUCACGUACACCAUUCAAUUUCUGUCCGAGUGUGGUUUGUGCCUUCCACAAGCGAAGAACGGAUCCAGAAGCUGGCGCCUGGACAUCCUGAAGGAAAGACAGGAUCUGUGUGCGUUUCGUCCAUUAGCGAAGGAAAAAUUCUAACUUGAAGAGAAGAUGAAUAUGACUAAAUCGUCCGCGGUCAGUAGCCGAGAUGAUGCAGGUCAUGCAACAAUCCCGAAAACGUCGAAAAUCUGUGGCGUGUGCGGUGACGUGGCCCGAUGCUACCACUUUGGCGGAUUGUGUUGCGCUAGCUGCAAAGCUUUCUUCCGCCGUGCCGUCGUCAACGACCGCUAUAAACAAUACCGAUGCGUGUACGGAGGAUCUUGUCGGAUAGAUGUCAUCUCGCGAAAACAUUGUUCACACUGCCGUUUAAAGCAAUGCUUGGCCAUCGGCAUGGAUAAGAAAUGGUUCAUGUCGGACGAAAUGCGAGCUGAAUUAAAGAUGAAAUCGAUGAAGAAACUGAGAAACAAUCAAGAACAAUUGAUGAUCCUAACGCAGAAAAUAUGUCGCCAGUUGGGACCUGCCGACAGAUCCAUUGACCGGACGUCCACCCUCGUUCUAAGUCCCGACCACGCCACCGAAAUCCACCUGUUGGUCCAGCUCUGCAGGCGGGCGUACCAGGUCACCGAGUACCCGAAACAUUGUCAGAGUUCCGAAUGCCAAUCAGCACUACCUGGGAAGACGGCCGCCAUUUUCGCCAGUGUUAUCCGCCGUGUUUUCUUCUUUCUGCAGAGUGUUCCGCAACUUCAGCAGCUGGACGAGUCUAGUCAAAUGUCCUUGUUGAAAGAGCGAGGCAUGGAGUCGCUAAUCAUCAUGUCGGCCCUGACGUUCGAUCCGAUCGGCCGCAAAUGGACGAGCAAGGAUGGAACGAGUUACAACACGCUGAUCAGCGAGACAUUUCCGAUCCACGUUUGCGAGAAGGAUUUCGAACGACUUCACGGGACGGCAGUGAUGCGCAAACAUUUCGAUACCAUCACAUCUUUGUUGCUGACGCUGAACGUCGACGAGCAAAUCCUCGUCCUGCUGUCGUUGGUGGCGUUCUUCGCCAUCGACGAUAAUCAACAAGGCAACUCUGCAGAAGCUGCCCAGAUCCUGGCUAUCCAGGAACACUUUAUCGAGUUGCUCAAGCGCUACGUCCACUGGAAAAUGGGACCUGAAAUAAGCGAAAAGGCCUUUGCUCGUUUCAUUCUCAAGUUAUCCGACGUCCGAGAAGUCGACAAUCUACACAAGGUUGCCCAGCUGCGUUUGUCCAGCGAUGAGAUCCACCAGCUAGAGCAUCAAUUGGGAGGACUAGCUCUGUUAAAAGGCGGUUCCCAGCAUUAGCCAUCCGUGCGUGCCUGAUGUCAACAUGGCGGACGUGCUCUUGAUUUCUUACGUUAUUCCGCAUAUUCCCUGUUAUGUCUUCCCCCCCCCCCCCUUUCUUUCGCCCUCUCCCCAACCCACCUGCACCUUCAUAUCGCGCCACAUGAUUUCCCAGAAAGUAUACAAGUGUACACCAGGAAUGACGUAGCUACUCAAGCAAGUUUUGCACCAUCAGGUUUUCUUUAUGCGCCCAAUGAGUCUGGCUCCUCCCUCCCCCCCCUCCACCCCAUCAUCCCGUAUAGUGAAUUUUUACUGAUAUGCGCGUUGAUACGUGGUCCACACAGUUGUGCGUCUGCUCACGAUUACGUGGUCGAUGUGCCUACGUGAUGUUUUUCAAAACGCUGUAUACGUCAAUCAAUAAAAGAAU